AUGACUCAAAUCAUAACCUCACUAGACAUCGCAGUGUCAACAUCACCAUCAUGCCGAAGAAAAUUUCAAAGACUGCUGCCAAGAAGUAGCAGAGCAGUGACGGAGGCCGAGGGCGAGGACGUAAGAAGGAUCCAUCAUCACCCACAGCCUCCCCCUCCCACUCUCACUCUGAUGGAGAUGACGCAGGUUCUAAACGCCUCUCAGGCAUCGUCAGUGUUAUCGGAAGCUGCUUCCCCAGUGGCCUCCAUCUCCUCUCAGCCAACCCUUGCCAGGAAGAGAGCCAAGAAGACACAGUUUUGUCUCAAUGUCCAAGAGGAGCAGAUUAUGUGUAAUUUCCUUCGUGAGAACACCAUCCUCUGGGACAUCAAGAAGACUGACUACCGGAGAGUAGACAAGAAGGCAAAGCUUUGGGAGGAUCAAGCCACAGCCAUGGAGAAGACUGGCGAGUACCUUCAAGGGUGGUUCAAAUCCCUGCGAGAUACCCACACCCGUCUUGACAAGAAAAAGAGCGGUGACGGCGCCCCGGAACUGACAGAGAGGGAGCAGUGGGUAAAGGCAAAUUUCGGCUUCCUCAAGCCUGUGGUCCGCCAUCGCCCUGACCCAGUCAAUAGUGUGAAGGCAACCAUUGCAGCUCACAGCGGGGACCUCGAGGCCGCCGAGGCUGCCUGUGCAGACAUCGUGGUUGAUGAUGACAGCACACCCUCCCCUGUCCCCUCCGCAUCCUCACAGGGCAAGGGCAAGCGUGGCCAAGACGAUGACCCGUUGCUGCAGUCACCCCAGAAGAGGCUGCACGAGUCUGGGGAGAUCCUCAAAGGUCUCACGCAGCCUCAGCCCAUCACAGCAACUGCAGCCUUUGCCAACUACGUGCGUGACAGCCUGGUCAGCAUGUCCCAGCGCAAGUUCCGGAAGGCACGGUCCCGCAUCAACGCCAUCCUCAGUGAACUGAUGGACGAGGAGAGUGAUUAGGAAGAACCUCUCGGAUUCACCACCUUUCCUCCUCCUGCUUCCGUGCGACCCAGUUCAGCACCAGCUACCUACACCCCCACGGCUUCGGAGAUGUACCAGCCACCUCCCCACAUGUGGAGACACAAGGCACCAGCUGCGUCAGUCUGGGGUUCGCAGACCGCUGACUACUGUAUGUGGAGCAGUACAUGCAGCAGCCACUGCUGCCACGGUACCAUCAGCAGCAACCUCAAUACCAGUGGAUGACACCUCCUCCUCAGCAUGGCUUCCAGCCGAUUCAUCACACCACGCAGCAGCCAAGUUCCGCCUCUGUAUCUUCUGCUCUUGGUUCGGCUGGCCAGGUGCUGAACCAGAGAGCCAACACUGCCCUUGACACCAGCGAUCAGAGUCUGUGUAACAUCUCUAGACUUUCAGCAAUGCUCAACUCGUCUAGUGGCGUUGAUGCUCCAAGCAACCCGUCCCGCGAGUUAGAGACGCCUCCAACAGCAGAGAAGAACUAGUGACAGUGACAGUUCUGUGCUUCUCAGUAUCAGCAGAGACAGUGUUUUGGGCGGUUUUUUUUCACCAUUUUGUAUGAUCAUUUUGUACCAUUUUUUAAACAAGAGCACUGAGCAAAAGUUGCUUAAACUUUUCAUGUUUAUUCAUACACCCAGAAAAAGGUAUAAUAAUAUACGUAUGGUACAUGUACAUGUUAUUACAUGUAUAUUAUCCAAAGAAAGAGAACAAAAAUUGACACACAAAAUGAUAAUAUACAAAAAAAGACUUUUCUGGAGUUCCAUAGUGUAAAGUGUCUGCCUGAAGAAGGCAUCGGUUGGGGUCGAAAAUAAGCAAGAAUCUGGAAGUAGACUUUUUGUACAUGUACAUGUACAUUACAAGUGCAUAAUUGAAAGUAUAGCUUUUUCUACCAUGUUUAUUUUCUGCUGCGUUCAUAUCAAGGAAUUUUAUUUCCUCUGAUGUCAAAAUGAUGUUCAUGUCAUUUCAAGGAAUUUUAUUGUCUCUGAUGUCAUUUAUGGUCCAAACAGUGCAGUAAUAUCUAGAUUAUCCUAUCUUGCCACUGAACUGCACCGGCUGGAGAGUUCACCCAAUGCUUGAGGAGAUUUUGCUGUUUCUUUCCAUCCCUGGUGGCAGUAUUUGGGCCACAAGCUGUCUGUGUGUCCUCCAAGUGACGUCCCUCUCGCCAUGCUCCUGGAACAAAGUCGUGGUUCUCAUUCUCUGCCCGGUCAAGUUGUUGGUUCUGUAAUCCUGGGUACCUGGAAUAUUAAUGUGUUUACUUGUGAAGCGCACCACAUACAAAAACGUUUUACAAGGUGCUGUACAAUAAAAAUUACAUGUAAUGAUGAUAUCUAAAAGUUAAAAUACUUUAUAAGUACACCAAGUAAAAAUGGUAAACAUGAGUUACCUGAUCCUCAUGAGGUUGUGCAUGAUUAUGCAUGCUUUGACAAUGAGCUUGACAGUUGAGGGGUGAUACUGGAACCUGGAAUCUGUUUGCUAGGAUGCCAAAUGCAUUUUCUACUACCCUCCUUGCUCGGGAAAGUCUGUAGUUGAAGAUGCGUUGUUUGUUCGUCAGACCCCGAAGGCUGUAUGGCUUCAUCAUGGUUGGUCAUAGGGCGAAGGCAUCGUCACCGAUGGAGAAGUAAGGCACAUCCUGGUUGUCAUUGGGAAGAGGCUCAGGGUCAGGGAAACCUAGGGUGCCAUCAUCAGCGCAUUCCUUCAGCUCACAGUCAUUGUAUAUUUGCGCAUCUGAUGCUGAUCCGGCACCACCGACAUUUGCCCAAAUGAAUUUGUAGUCCGCGUCUACAAGCGCCAUCAGAACAAUGGAAUAAAAUCCUUUAUAGUUGAAGUAUUGGGACCCAGUCUUUGGAGGGCAGCGGCAUGCCACGUGCUUUCCAUCAAAUGCCCCACAUGUGUGGCGAAAGUUCCAUCUUUGGAAAAACUUGUCAGCUAUGGCUUGUCAACCAUCAGGACUACUUAGACAAACCAGCACCUCAUUCACGUAUUCGUCAAUGAUGGCUUGACAGACUUCUCUGACCACAACUGACUGAGUGUUGUGAGGGACCCUCCAUCCGAACUUCAUCGAGGCAUACUUGUUCCCAGAGGCAAGGUGACGCAAAGUCAAAGCCAGCUUCAUACCCGGCUCAAGCGGAUCCCUGUAGAAGGUGUACUGCUUGGUUAUCCGUGGACCCACUCUGGCUAGCAGCUCGUCGAACAUCGCUUGGGGCAUCCGCAGGAAGUUGGUGAAGGAUGCGUGGUCCUCGUUACGGAGUUCCACCAAAAGCUGGUCGUACAUGCCAAACUGACGUCGCCUCCCGAUCCAUGGUCUGACCCAGUUCCUUCUCCUCCGUUCAUCUCUUCUCCUGGCUCUGUUGGCACGCAACUGGUACAGUCUGAAAUCGAUGAGGUCAUGCUGAUGUUGGAGGAGAGCUCGAAGGUACUCUCGUCUGAGCCUUGUCGGAUUCUCCAUCUCUCGGCUGACAUGCACAUCUGCUCACCAUGGAUUCUUGAGGAGUCCUGAUGGGUUCUUCCUGCGAACCCCAUUUUUAUACCCUAAUUCCCCUAAACGCUGCCAACAUGCCAUCAUAUGGGAGCUCAACGUUAGCAGCACGUUCAGUAAGUUCUGGGGUCGUUCGGAAAGCGUCAAAUAUGUUAAAGUGCGUUAGAGGUACGUUCGAUGUAAGUUACACAUAGGUUCAAAGCACGUUAAUCAUAUGUUGGGUACGCUUGAUAUUAUCUUGAUGUAUCACGACUUGUGCGGAACUUACAAAUAACGUGUGUGAACUGGCGUCAACGAUCGCAUAACUUAUUGGCCGCGUAUGCUGGACAUAUGAAUCAUACAUCGACAUACGUCGAAAAGUUUUGUGCAUGCACAAAAUUUUUGGACGACUUGGACGUACUACAACGUAUGCCGGCGUGCUUCAGCGUGCUCUUAACUUAUACAAAACUUACCCAUAACUUAUUCGACGUACGCCAGCAUAUUGGCCAAAACGUUGGCGUACGCUUGCUAAAUCAUCAGGGUGUGACAGGGCCAUUAAAUCAAAUUGUUUUUUCUGUGCUGAACGUGCAGCGCGUCUCGGUAGUUUUAUUUCAUUCCGUUGUGGUGGUGAGCAAGGGCAAUAUCUUUAAAAAAACACUCUGCCACGGUCACUGUCCAAAUACAUGUGCACCUCCUGUAACUGCAUGUUCUCAAAAUAGCAAAUAAGUGUUCUACAAACUCUUGUGCAGUGUGGUGGUGUUUUGUAUUCUGCACGUUGCAUUUUUUUUUCAGUUUUUCUCUGCUCAGACACACAAAAGGGGGGGGAAUGUGCAUUUUGGCACUGUUUGUUUUUGAUUUUGUAUUUGAUUAAAAAAAAGUAUUGUAACUGCCUGUACUCAACAUGAAAAAUUACCAAAAAAAUCCUUGACUGCACACGUCCUUGAAAUAAAGGCGAUUUUGAUUGUGUGUGGCCGCUUUUUUUCUCUCUCUCAAACAUCGUCUGGCGCAGUCUUCAUUACCGCCGCAAGAUGGAGGCAGUGUAACGUCACGAAUGCUUCGCUGCCGUAAAACGUCAAUCGAAGUCGGAAAAAAGGCGGAAGUUAGCAUCGGUACAAGAGAAAGACGGACAAAGCGUGAAGCUAAACGUAUUCAACGUUAUUUAAGUUGUGUAUUUGCUAGCUACAAGUUAAAAUGUUGAAAGGGUUGGGGAAGGACCGACUAAUGGCUGAAGAAACCAUAGCGUCGUACGAGGAGGAUGUGUUUCAAUCACUGAACUCUAUACGCGGAAGGGCCCCGGUCGCUUGCUGCGCGUUGGAGGCCUGACGCCACCGGAAGUAUAGAAGUCGCCAUGUUGUUUCACCCAAAACAAAGCCUCAGAACCACUGAUCUGUACUAAUAAGUCUGGAUGGCGCAUACGUCGCAUGCCGGAGUGCAAGCCGCUGAAGCCAAAGAGACGCCAUCUUACUACUCACAUCGCGACUACAUUGGCACAGCGUACAUAGUGUACAAAGCAGAUGAAGAGGCUCGCGGAACAUCUGUAUUUUAAAUGAAAAAGCGGGGAGAUUCUCCCAUUCCUUCAAGUAACGCAACCUUCGUCCCUUAAAGAAAUACAUAUAUCAUGAUAUAACAAAAAAGUACGUACAUUUCCUCUUAGCUAUUAUAGAGCUAUAUAAACGUAUCAAUUCUGGACAUACAUUUAAUCAGAGGAAUUUUACACGAUCGAAAAUAUCUGAGAGAUCGACAGUGCAAAACCCUUAAAUGAUCAAUCAUAAAUUUACAUUUCAAUCAUACUUACAGGUGAAAUGUUCGUCCACAGCCUUUGAACUGGCGAUUUGUGCAGUUAAUAGCUGCACAUGCAGGCAUCUUAAGGCAAAAUUUGUGUCCAAUCCGAAUUAAUAAAAUAAGUUCACCACGAAUGCAAAAGCUUGCCGAGAAGUGUUUCUUGAAAGUAGCAAUAGUAGUAGCCUUCACAAGUCAUCGCCAAUGAGCUAUCCAGAUAUAUAAUACAGAUCAGUGCUCAGAACUAAGAAGAGUUCGAGAUGCCGUCUUGUGCUGCUAUUAAUUGCACAAAUCGUGAUACUCGUGAAAAUCGCGAGAAGGGACUUACAUUUCACAGAUUUCCACACUGCAAUGCUCAACUUCUAAAGCAAUGGGUAGUAAAUAUGCGGAGAGACACGUGGAUUCCUGCAGCCAGAUCACAACUCUGUUCAAGUCAUUUCACCGAGGAGAACUUGGACAGGACCGGCCAGACUGUUAGAUUACGACAAAAUGCAGUUCCAACAAUAUUUGACUUUCCUGAUCAUCUUCUAAAGCCAAAACAUAAUAAAUGUAGUGAAUGAAGAUACAUGUAUGUGUAUGUGUGUGUGCUUUUUUUGGGUGAAGGAAGAUGGCCGACAAUGGCUUCAUGCGGUCAGCAGGGACGCCCCUUCCAGUAGUUUAGAGUUCAGUGGUUUCAAUUCAUAGGGAUUCCAACUUGAAGUACACAGUGCAAAAUUCAGUGCGCCGGAUGUUGCACUCGGCGUGCUGCAAGUGGUGGCACAGCAGAGGUGUGCAAAGUCCGCGCUGUUUUUUUUAUUGGCCCGCGGCACAUUUAGAAAAUAUAAUUUCACAAGAGCAAUCUUAAAAAUAUAUUUUAUAAGUCACAAUUUUAACAUGAAGAAGUUCCAACGGGAAAAAGUCACCAUUCAUGUAAUAUUAUGAGGAAAAAUAACAUCAUUUUAGUAGCGUAGAGUUGGACUAUUAAAGAAAAUUUUAAAAAAAAAAUUAUUAAAGAAACAAACAAAAAAAAGUAAUUUUUGGAAAAUCAGGUUGCAGAAAAAGUUCUAAUGUUAUGAUAAUAAAGUCCUAAUAACGAGAAGAAAAUUUACAAGAAAGUUGAAAUAGUUGGGGAAAAAAACAACAGCAGAAACAGAAAAACACAGCUUGAAUUUUGUGAUAAAAAAAAAAAGAAUUUUAGAAUAAAUAGGAAAAAUAAUGUUUUGGUAGCAUAGAGUUGAAAUUGGAAUAUGAUGAGAAAAAACAAAACUGUAAUUUUUGGGAAAUUGGUCGAGGAAAAAGAUAUAAUACUAUGGGAAUAAAGUCACAAUAUUAUGAGAAGAAAAUUUACAAGGAUUAUUUAAGAAAAACAGCAAAAUAUUUGGAACAUUUACACAAAAAGCAACAGCAGAAAUAGAAAAAAACAGCAGAAAUUUUACAAGUGUAAACUCAUGAGGAAAAAUUGUGCAUUUUAGUGACAGAGUUAAAAUAUGAAAGGAAAAAGAUGGUUUUUUUUUAUUGUAAUAUUAUUAUUAUUUUUUAAUUGUAUAUAUUAAACAAAAAAAACAAAUAAAGUUGUAAUUUUUGGGAAAAUUUGGUAGGUGAAAAAGUUUGAAUAUUACGAGAAUCAAGUCAAAAUAUUAUGGGAAUAAAGUUUUAAUUAUGCAAAGAAAAUUCACAAGAGGAAAGUUGAAACAUUUGGAAAAUAUUUUUUUAUAAAGCAACAGCAGAAAUUGAAAAAAAACCCAGAAAUUUUACAAGAAUAAAGUCAUAAUAAGAGAAAAAAAUUGUAAUGAAAAAAGUUGCAAUUUUACGAGAAUGAACUCAUAAUGUUAAGAAGAAAAAUAAUGCAUUUUAGUAGCAUAGAGUUGAAAUUUUUUAUUAUUUUUUUAAAGACGUAAUAUGAGAAACAAAACGAAUAAAGUAAUUUUGGGAAAAUUUGAGGAAAAAGUUAGAAUAUUACGAGAAUAAAGGCAAAAUAUUAUGGCAAUAAAGUCA